AUGCAAGCCUCUUCCUCGUCAUCAUCCUUUGUCGAGUCGGCUUCGCUCUCCUCGACCCCCCAUAGUCGUGGUUGCUACACGAGGCCCAAUUACCGACAAUUUGUCGGAUCUGACGUUGCUUUUUGCGCUGAUCCGCAAUAUCACCACAACGACGGCAAUCGCAUACCUCAAGCAGAGUCUCCAGACACUCGAUUUAGCAACCUCCGGGCUAGCGCGUCGGAAAGUGACAAAGCCGAAGCCGCGGCGAAGCUCCGAGGAUUUCUCAGGCGUGCCUCUAACAGCAGUUUCUUCAACUCGCCGAUCACCACCAAGGGCUCUGCGACGUUUGAGACAGUAGCUGCCCUGUUAACGGUAAUGCUUGAUAAGCUUCGCCGCGCUCGUGCUCGCGACCGACCCACCGACAGACACGAAACGCGCCGUCAGGCUGACAUCCGCAUCGUACAAAAGGACGGGUGGAUGCGGAAGUUGGAGAUCGCCGUCCACUUCCCAGGCUUCAACUCAGCAUGGAAUGAAGCCCGCUGCAGCAAAACGCGCAUUCCGAUUCUCAUGAAAAAGUUAACCCCGGUGAUCAAGAAGGGGAAAGGGGACGAAUGUCCCAGAACAUACCUUCACGAACACCUUGUGCCACCCGCGAUCUGGAAGCAUCCUUCUCGCAUGAAGACGGUAGAAGAUAUUUGUUACAUGGCGAAGGGCGAUAGUGAAGUGUAUCCGCAUGAUGGUGAAUGCUGGGAUGGGUUCAAGGGUCCGAAGAACGUCAUUGUCUUCACAAAACAACCGUGCCUCGCAUACCUCAUCCAACUGUGGUUUUCCGUCGUUUCCGCCCUGGUGCAGUCUAACAUGUUGAAUAAGGACCGCCAAGAGCUCUUCGACUGGUUUCGUUCCUCCACGGAGGAUGAAAAGCCAAGUGGUUACACCAAAGUACUGGUCACAACAUAGGAACUUGCU